GAUUGUUCCUGUUCUCUUUCUUAAGUCACUUCAAAUGCUAUCCGUGGAUGGGCGGCUCAUUGUCAGGAGAGCUGCAGUGCAAGCAGGAGGAAGAGAACAGAAGUUCAGGUACAGCAGCAGCAGCAGCAGCACUUCAGCCACAGCAUCACAGAAAACUCACUCUGCUGACAGAAAAUGGAAAGUGAUGCUGCGAGCUCCUCUUCAGGAGGAAGUCCUCCCCCCAGACAUGAGCUGAGACAAGCAGUUUCUCAGCACAGUUUCUAUCUAAACACGAGCCCACUUUAUUUCAAACCCCCCAGAUUCCCCCCACCCAGUUACCACAGCGUAUCGCUCACUGGAGAGCCCUACAGCGCUUUCAGUCCACCUGCUUUCUAUCCCAUGUUUGGUUCUGGUUACACACAAAAAGAGGAACCUCAAAAACGGAAAAUAACUUCUCCCACUGUGGACUCCCAGGAGCAUGAAUCUUCUGACAAAGAGGCAGAAGAGGCAGAAGAUAGCAGCAAAAGGAAGACAGUGGGCCUCCCCCACAUGGGUGUCACUUUAGCACCACAUUUGAUGUCCUCCACACCUUCGAAACCCAUCCCUGGGAUGAUUGACCUCAGCCGACUGCAGCUUCAUCACAGGUUACCAGGUGUUAAUGUACCUGUGCAGGUGAAGCAAGAGCCUCUUAGCCCUUCACUUGCUUGGCAUCCUUCUCCUCUGCUUCUCCGGCCCCCUUACUACUCAGCGCUCUCCCACAACCUUCUCCCAUAUCCCUACUUCAUGCCCGGGCCUUUCAUGCACCUCCCCUCUGCCGCUUUCUACGCUAAAGAGGAGCUCCGUUCCAAUCAGGUCACUGGGGAGAGAGCUCCCCGAAAUGAAAUGAGCAGCACAGAGAAGCUGGGCCUCAGUGUCCACGUGGAUGACAGCUACUACGUGGACGUCGGUGGGGAUCAGAAGCGGUGGAAGUGUCGGAUGUGCGAGAAGUCUUACACCUCUAAGUACAACCUGGUUACACAUAUCUUGGGUCACAAUGGCAUCAAGCCACAUGGGUGUCAUCUCUGUGGAAAGCUGUUCAAGCAGCUGAGCCACCUGCACACACACCUGCUCACACAUCAGGGCAUGAGGCCCCACAAGUGUCAGGUGUGCCACAAAGCCUUUACCCAGACCAGCCACCUGAAGAGACACAUGAUGCAACACAGUGAUGUGAAGCCGUACAGCUGCAGCGUUUGUGGAAGAGGCUUUGCAUAUCCCAGCGAGCUUCGUGCACAUGAGCUGAAGCAUGAAAAAGGGCAGGAGAAUGUGUGCGUGGAGUGUGGACUGGACUUCCCCACGCUGGCCCAGCUGAAGAGGCACCUCACCGUGCAUCGUGGUCCCACUUUGUACAGGUGCACUGAGUGCCAAAAGACUUUCCAGUAUCCGAGUCAGCUUCAGAACCACAUGAUGAAACACAAAGACAUCAGACCUUACAUCUGCAGUGAGUGUGGAAUGGAGUUCAUCCAGUCACACCACCUCAAACAGCACACUCUCACUCACAAGGGAGUGAAGGAGCACAAGUGUCGCAUCUGCGGUCGGGAGUUCACCCUGCUGGCCAACAUGAAGCGCCACGUCCUGAUCCAUACCAACAUACGGGCCUACCAGUGCCACAUGUGCUUCAAGAGUUUUGUCCAAAAGCAAACUCUCAAGGCUCACAUGAUCGUGCACUCGGACAUCAAGCCUUACAAGUGCAAGCUUUGUGGCAAAGAAUUUAACAGAAUGCACAACCUGAUGGGCCACAUGCACCUUCACUCAGACAGCAAGCCCUUCAAGUGUCUGUACUGUCCCAGCAAGUUCACUCUGAAGGGAAACCUCACCAGACACAUGAAGGUCAAACAUGGGGUCAUGGACAGAGGGUUGGAUGAGAGAUUGUUUCAGCAGAGAGGAGGUCUGUGCCUCUCCGGUUCAAUGGGGCUCCUCUCUCACUUCAGCCAAGAGGAGCCCUUUGACCUCUCGCAGAAGCCCGGCCUCCGCCUCUCCCAGUCUGAUGGUGAGAGUGUCCCUGGAAGCUCUUGCCAGGAGGAGGAGGAUGAGGAGAGUUUGUACAGAAGAAGUCAGUACAGCCCUGAGGUGGACCAGCAGGAGCCUGCAAGUCAGGAGCAGUACGUCUCUGAGCUGGAGGAGAAACAACACGAAUGUCCAGAUGAACUGAGGUCGAUGCAGGAGCAAGAAAAGUCUGAGAAAAGUUUAAGAGAUGAGAAAAUAGAGGAAGAGAGAAAAGUAGAUGUAGAAUCCACUGGUAGCCAGGUGGAACUGGUGCCACCAGCUGAGCUGUGUGAUCCUAAUGUGGACGGAGAAAAGCAAAAACAAAACAGCAAAACAGCUCGUGUACUAAGAUGUGUGUCCAUUUCAGAAGAUUCUAAGCAAGAUCAGGCAGAGCAAAGGAAACUGCAGGCAGAAGAUGUUGAUUCAGAUUGCGAGUAGACCACUUCUUGACGCAAGUGAAGUUAAAAGAAUGGGAGAAGUUUAGAUGAACCCAUAAGAACCCACGCUGUCAUCAGUGUGACAGAAAAAUAUCAGAAAUUCAUUCUGUGGUCCACUUAGUUUGUGGUAAAAUACACAUCAUUUUGGUCUAGGUACUUAUGGGUUAAGUCACAGAAAAAGAGUUUAUUGAGAUUGUUUUAAAACAAGAAAAUAAAGGUGAUGUUUCAGUACAUACAGGUCAAAAUUUUUGAAAAAACAUUUUUAAAAAGUUUGUGUAGCACCAGGAUAUUCUAUAAAACAAAUUGCUGUGAAACAUUUUACUUUUAAAACGUGUCAUGCACUGAUAAAAAUGCCAAAUUGUGAUUAUUAUGCAGUAUUUUGUAAAUAUUAGUCAAAAAUGUAUUUAAAGCUUUAGAUAUUUUUGUACUUUCUUUUACAGUGUUGACGCAAAUGUGUUUUAACUUCCUUUAAUCUUUGAUUCUAAAAAAUGAAAAAGUAUUAUUAAUCAGGUGAUUGAUUGCACGUGAUUUUGAGGUGACUUCCUUUAUCAUUAUUUUGUGAGAGUUGAAAACUGUGAACAUUUAAUUUACAAAAUAACAAAAAAGUCUUUAACAAAUAAACUGUGAUUUUUGGUGUUUUACUUCAGAAGUAUAAAUCGAUGUUGUUUUGUUUAUUUUUUAAAGGAUAAAGUGUGUCUUUUCUUGUAUGGCUACAUAUUGAUUAUAAUUCUUUUUAACAAAAAUAAAAGCUUGAACCUGCA